AUGUUCUGUUGUUGUUAUAGGUCAGAUGACGAAGCAGCAACAGUCCCCCUUGUGUCCUCCCCUCCCCCACCAGCCCAGCCUGAAGCCCCACAAGACGACUCCGCCAGUCAGUCCGAGGCUAAAGCCGCGGGUCAGAAAACCCUCCAGACGGACGGGUCACCAGCGGUGGGGAACCAGGCAUGGGGCCCUCCCAGAACUGUGGAACUGGUCAGGGAGGUGGGCAAAAGUCUUGGCAUCAGCAUUGUAGGUGGGAGGGUCGACAUGUUCAAUGUCUCGCAGGAACACUGCAACGCUGGAAUUUUUAUCAAGCAUGUUCUACCAGACAGCCCAGCUGGUCGUAAUGGAACUCUCAAGAAAGGGGACCGUAUUCUUGAGGUGAAUGGCGUUGAUGUCAGAAAUGCAACUCAUGAUGAAGCAGUCGAGGUCAUCCGCAACUCAUCCAGUCCUAUUACAUUUGUUGUUCAAAGUCUUUCAUAUUCUUCCUGUCCUGGAGAUCUGGAAUCUUCACAGCUAAAACCUGUCCAGUCUUUUGAAGAAGCUGUUACAGUACCUGUCCAUGGUUCUCUGGCUUCCUCGUCACCUGGGAGCACACCUCAGCAGAGCUUUGAACUCCCUGAUAACAAACUGACUGGGGAAUCUUUCAGUGACACAGAGGAGGAAGAUGAAUAUGGCUACACAAAAAAACGGAUACAGAAGAAAUACAGUGACAUGCCUGGCCUGGUCCAGCUGGUUGACCUUGACCGAGGCAGCGCGGCCAUGGGGAUGGGUCUGGCCGGCAACAAAGACCGGAGCAAGAUGAGUGUGUUUGUGGCCGGCAUUCAGCCAGACAGCCCCGCAGCUAAUGACGGGAGAAUCCAAGUCGGGGACGAGCUACUGGAGGUCAAUGGAAUAAAUUUGCAUGGCCUCAGUCACCUGAAUGUAUCAGCUGUCAUUAAAGGUGUCACCACACCUGUGGUCAAGCUAAUCACACACAGACGUGAAGACUUCCUUGACCACAUGGCAGUGAAACCACUUCGCUAUGGAGGGUCCAGUCAGUUUGAUGUUCAGUCCGUCCCGCCCGUCUCCCCCCGUGGGUCUGCAGACAGCAGCCGGCGCGAGAGCUCGGCCACCUCCCACUCCCCAACGUCUGCUCCUGCAGCAACGACCCCCACCCCAGCGCCGGUCCUGCCACCCCUGACCCCUACAGAUGCAGUUCAAAUCAUUAUACUUCACAAGCAAGCGUCUCAAGGCUUAGGCUUCGGCAUUGAAGAGGACAACAAAAAUGGCCGUAACGGGAUUUAUGUGAAGAGUAUCACACAAGGAGGGAUCGCUGAUAAAGAUCGCCAGUUGGAAGUGGGAGAUGAGAUUCUUGAAGUUGGUGAAAAAUCUUUAGCUGGUUGCCAUUAUGAAAAGGCUAUAGACACACUUCGCUCAACACAAGGCUCUGUGCGCCUGAAGGUUCGCAAAGCUAAUCAGCCCAACAACCUGGCUAGUACUGGCAAUUCUGCUCACGUGCAUGGGAAGAUGCAACUCAUCAACACACUGGGUGAAUCUACGACAGAUCCAGGGGAAUCUGAAGACACAGUUGACCCCAAAACUUGUCCCAUCGUUGUAGGCAAGAGGACAUUUAUAGAAAUAGAGAAAGGCAAAACAGGACUAGGACUUAGCAUAGUUGGAGGCUCUGAUACCCUGUUGGGAGCUAUAAUUAUCCAUGAAGUGUAUGAAGAUGGUGCAGCAGCAAGAGAUGGCAGGCUGUGGGCUGGGGAUCAAAUCCUUGAGGUUAAUGGCGAGGAUUUGACAGAAGCUACCCACAACCGUGCACUCCAAGUUCUCCGCCAGACGCCGCCUGUAGUCCAGAUGGCGGUGUACAGGGAUGAGAGCCAAGUGAGGGAGGAAGACAUCCUCAAUGUCUUCACUGUGGAGCUGAUGAAGCGGCCUGGCAAAGGCCUGGGUCUCAGCAUUGUGGGCAAGAAAAGUGAUGUCGGCAUUUACAUUUCUGAUAUUGUGAAGGGUGGAGUGGCCGAGGCUGAUGGUAGACUAAUGCAGGGUGACCAGAUUCUGGCGGUCAAUGGGGAGGACAUGAGGAACGCCACCCAAGAAUACGCUGCUGCUGUUUUAAAGACUUUGAUGGGCAAGGUUAGCUUGACAGUAGGACGCCUCAAGGCUGGAUCCAAGGCUUCAUCAAGGAAGAACUCUAAUCAUGGCACAUCUCUUAAAAAGUCUGAUUCUUCUGCUAGCAACAAAUCUAAAGGCAGACAUUCCAAGAGCCCUAGUGAAGAUCCCAAUCACCUGAGGAUUGUAGAACUGGAGCAGGAUCUCUCAGGAUCAUUUGGCAUCAGCGUGGCAGGGGGGCUUAACAGCCCUAUUGGCGACGCUCCAGUUAUCAUUGCCUCAUUGAACCCUACAGGCCCAGCUGCUUUUUCUGGAAAAUUAAGGGCAGGAGAUAAAAUCCUGAACAUCAACGGCACAUCUACGGAGGGUAUGACACACGAGCAGGUCAUCAGUACCUUGAGAGCUGCCAAAAAAGUGACACUCCAUGUGGUCCAAGGUGAGGCAAUAUCUAUCACUGGCCAAAGGUCAAGACAAGUUAGUGGAGAUAUGAGCGACACCACGUUGAAAAAUCAAAAUCUUGAAAUGGAAGAGCUAGAAGAUGACGGUCAACCUCCACAAUACAAGACCAUAACCCUAAACCGUGGACCUGACGGACUUGGAUUUUCAAUUAUUGGUGGCCACGGCAGUCCACACGGGGACCUACCCAUCUACGUCAAAACUGUCUUUAACAAAGGGGCCGCUGCUGAUGAAGGCACCCUCAGGCGCGGGGAUCAGAUUUUGUACGUCAACUCCCAGAAAUUAGAAGGAUUAACGCAUGAAGAAGCUGUAAACAUUCUAAAGAACACUAGUGGAAUUGUGACACUUGGAAUACUUUCAUGAGGACUGUGCUGCUGCAAGAUAGUUUCUCUAGGAUGAUGCAAAUUUUGUUAAAUAAAUUCAUGUGAGAAAUUAAUCAUCCAAAAUUUGUUUGGAUUUUUAACUAAGAAUUAUGUAUUUUUUUACUUUCGAUUUUAAAAAAUAAUUGAACAUCAAUUACAUAUAAAUUUUGUAAUACGAUUUUUUUAAAAACUGUAGGUGGAAUAUGGAAUUGCCUGGAUUCUUGUAAACUUUAUUUUAGGGGUGAUAUUGAGAAAAGAUCAUGAAGAUGAUUCCGGUGAAUGACAGGAGUUACCUAACUUAGCUUCAGAUUCCAGAUGUUUUUAUUUCGCAGCAACUUUCCUCAUAACACAUGCAACAAAAUUAUGAUUAUGCUAAAACAUCGGAUUUGUAUAAUUUGUCUAUGGCAUGAAAGAGAACUCAUAAUUAUGCAAAUUGAUGGAAACUUUCUUCAUGUGUUACUCUAGCACAGAGCAGUGCAUGAUUUCAACUUCUUGACUUGGAUACACCAAUGCUCCUGAUGACUAGUUCUAUUCAAGGCUACUAAAAAUGUAAUGAACAAUGCUAACAGUUGUUUAAAAUUAGUGCAAAAAAAAAUGUGUAUAAAAAUUGUAAAUUUUAAAAAUGAUUUGUUUCAUUUUUUUUUAAAUAUACUGGUAAUCAAUUCACUGCAAUUUCACUAUCAUUCAUAAUUAGUUGGAGCAUUUUUAUCUUACUAUAGUAGUUCAAAUUAACUUUUUAGUUUCUAAAAAAGGCUGCUGAUUUGAGUUUGUUUCUUUGUGUUUUAUCUGGACAAACUUACUGACUUUCUGAUUAAAAUAAAAGUGUUUUAAGCUAUGUAGUAUGUACAUAUAUUUUUAUUUAGCAUUACCAAAGGAUAGUUGUUUUUUGUUUUUUGAUUUUUUAUAUUUGUUUCCUUUAAACAUUGAUCUGGGUUUUGUUUAUCUUCUACCUGCCUUAUAAUCAUCCCUAGACUCUACUUAAGAGAAAGUUGAUGUAUAAUUCAUUAUCAAUCUCAACAUUCCAACAGCUAGAACAGUGAUGGAAAGCAAUGGCCCUAGUAAAUUAUUUACAGCUUUUGUUUUUAAAUUUGGUUUUUAACUCUCACAAACUGUUAUUGGAUAUCAGCUAAAUGGAUUGCAGCUUAUAGUUUUACCCUCAAUAAAUUUGUUUAGAAAUGUUUUACAAAAUUUAAUUGACUCAUAAUUAUUGCAUUUUAUAUUAUUUUUUUUAUUAUAAAAACAAACUUUACAUGUAGAUUUUAAAAAUGUAUGGAUGUAACCACUAAAUCUAAGACAGUUUUAAUUUUUUGCGUAAGGUUGGUACAAGUUUCAUUUAUUACUGAUUAUGAUUUUUAAUUUUGAGAUUUGUUUUCAUUUAAAAAAAGAGUACAAAUUUAUUUAUAUAGUUAUUUCAAUUCAUUACAUUCAUUUUUGGAACAUUUUUAAAAAUAAAACUAAAAAACUUAAAACACAAUACAAAUUAUUUUUAAAUCCCCUUUAUUUUCUAUUUUAAUGUUAUUUUAGUGUUUACUUAGACUUUCAGCAAAGUGCUUGUGAUCUAGGUUUGUUUUCUACCAAUGUCUUUGAGCUGCAUGUCUUGCUUAAGUCAGUUAAUUGCUUAUCUGAACUGUUGGGUUGAUCUUUGUUGUGCUAUAUUAAAGUUGUGAGUGAAGCAGUGUCAAACAGUUAUAUGUAUGAUAUUUACUUUUAGAGAUCCUCAAUAGGAAUUACAUUUGUUCUGUAAAUAUAAUUUUUUUAAAUGAUUAGAAUUUGAGCUAAUAAUUUUUUUUUUAAUGAUUUCAAUAAAAAGUUUAAAAUAAAACUUUAUUUGAUUGUAGACUUGUUCGUCUUGUAAUUUGCAGGCUGCUACAGAAGAUUUGUAUUGAGAAUCUACAUAUCUACUGCUUUUGAGUUUGGUUGUGGGAAUAUUUUUUUAAAUAACUAGAAAGGUUUAUGUGGCCUGUACUAUAGUAGUUUGUUUUUGGUUGUUGUUUUUUAUUUUUUGUUAAUUUUAUUUUAACUAUUAACAUACUACUCUGGUGUAUAUACUUAUUGUUUUCUUAAAAUGACUUAACAAGAAGACACAAUUUGAAUCAGCAAAGUUUAAUGUGAAUUAAUCUUUAAGCAUUCAAGAUUUUUUAUGUACUUUUUACUUAUCCCCAUAGGGCACUGUUUGAAGUAACAGGCUGCACUGAUCAAUUUGCAUUUAAAAUGCUACUCAAGGAAGACCAGAGUUUCCUAAAAAUGUGUUUAUUUUAUUCUUAAUCUAACAUUGAUGCUUUUUGUACUGAUAAAUGUCAAGGAUUUAUUCAAGAAUAAAGGCACAUGCAAUUUCAGCUUUUUUCUUAUUUGAAUUUUUAAAAAGUGAAAAGAUAGGAUUACUUAAUUUGUGAAUAAAGAAUAUUUUACUUCAAGAUAUUAUCACAACAGCGAUGUGUAAACAAUCAGGCCAAUGUGUAGCAUUUUCCAGAUAGGUUUUUUUCAAUGUAAUUUUAAUCAUGUUUGAUGAAUUUAUGUCAUUUUGAUUGAAAACUUCUAAACUUGGUCAUUGGCUGCACACCAUACUGGAGUCUCAUUCAUUGAUUUGAUGCUGUAUAUUUCUUUUCACCUUUUUCCAGCUAUUCAGUCCUAUCAUAAUUUGUACCAAAUAAAUUCUAUACCAGAUGU